AUCGUCAACAUGUCCUCCUUUGAAUCCGUUGUCACGAUCGACGGCAAGGGUCACCUUCUCGGUCGUCUUGCCAGCACUGUCGCCAAGCAGCUGCUCAACGGUCAGAAGAUCGUCGUUGUGAGAUGUGAGGCCCUCAACAUCUCCGGCGAGUUCUUCCGUGCGAAGCUCAAGUACCACGCCUACCUUCGCAAGAUGACUCGUUUCAACCCCACCCGUGGUGGUCCCUUCCACUUCCGCGCUCCCUCCCGCAUUCUCUACAAGGCCAUCCGCGGUAUGAUUCCCCACAAGACCGCCCGUGGUGCCGCCGCUAUGGAGCGCCUUAAGGUCUUCGAGGGUGUCCCCCUCCCUACGACAAGAAGAAGCGCGUUGUCGUUCCCCAGGCCCUCCGUGUCCUGCGUCUGCGCCCCGGCCGCAAGUACUGCACCGUUGGCCGUCUCAGCCACGAGGUUGGCUGGAAGUACCAGGAUGUUGUUUCUCGGUAUGUCAAGUGUCCCAGUCUACAUGAUCUGUCCACACCGACAAAUUCUAACCGUUAUUUUCUACAGUCUCGAGGAGCGCCGGAAGGUCAAGAGCAAGGCUUACUACGAGCGCAAGAAGGCCGCUCGCCGCAACCUUGCCAAGGCGGAGCAGGGAGCGAACGUGGACAGCAAGACCAAGACCCAGCUUGCUCAGUAUGGAUACUAG